AAAAAUACAAAAAAAGAAAGAAAGAAAAAAACUCUUGUUUUUUCUUGUGUGGCUCUAGCUUUUUGUAAGUAUGCAUCAUUCGCGUAUGCAUUGUUUGUGCGAUGUCGAGAUUCGAAGAAAAGAGGAAGAAUAACAUUAAUUUUUAAUUAAUUAUAAACUCUUUAACUCUAAAAUUUUUGCGUGCGUGAAAUCGUCUCUCAUCCAAAACGAUCAACCAACAAAAAAAAAACAAGCAAGUCUGUGAAUUUUGUUCUCUCUUUUUUUUUUUUGUAUUUUUCACCAUCAUCAAAUCUAUGUGUAAAAAAUAAUUCGAAACCAACAAAAUCCCGUAAUCCAGAGAAGAUACAUCAUCCAAAAAAAAAGAGAGAAAAUCAUAAGAAAAAAUAAAUUGAAGUAGAAUUAUUAAAGUGCAACUCACAGUGAAGGCUGUUUAAGCUCUCAAGACACUCUCUGAAAUGCAAUCGGCAAAACUUGCCCUCCGUGAAGAGGACGUAGUUCGACUUACCCUCGAAUUUCUCGACAAUCGUGAAUUACACAUUAGCCAGCUUUCACUCGAGCGCGAAACUGGUGUCAUUAAUGGCCAAUAUUCCGAUGAUGUGUUAUUUCUACGUCAACUCAUUCUCGAUGGCCAAUGGGAUGAUGUUGUCGAAUUUAUUCAACCUCUCGAAGCUCUAUCACAAUUUAACAUAAAGAAAUUCUGCUAUACAAUCCUUCGACACAAAUACAUUGAAUUGUUAUGCAUUAAAUCCGAGGCAGGUGGCUCCCACACAGCCGCCGGCCAAGGAGUCAAUUCAAUGGAAGGUGCUGUCGAAGAAGUUGUCCAACUUCUUGAACAAUUAGAAAAACUAGCCCCAACUAAAGAAGAAUACUCUAAUUUAUGUUUGCUUUUAACUUUUCCACGCUUGGCUGAUCACCUUCAAUUUAGAGAUUGGAAUCCCAGUAAAGCUAGAGUUCAAUGCUUUCGGGAGAUAUUCCCUUUAGUUGAGAAAUUCCUACCACACGAUUCGAAGCUUAAUGUUGCACCAUGGGCUAAAAAUGAUCGACUUAUUCAGUUGAUCAUAAAAGGUGUGUUGUACGAAUCGUGUGUUAGUUAUUGCCAAGCGAAGGCGACUGGUUCUACGGAGGCGUUUAAUCAAGAUUUGAUAUUCUCCAAGUUGUUGGAUGGAUCGGUUGGUUUUUCCGAUUCAGAUUUGUCUUUGCUCAGUUGGUUGCAAAGUAUCCCAUCGGAAAUAUUCUCAGUUCCAUUCGAACAGAAAACGUUGAAUGUGAAUGUUGAGUGUUUGGAGAGACCAUCGUUGGAGACAUCGUGGACAGAGCAUAUGCUAGUGACACCGAUUAAACCGAAAACAUUUCCUCACUCGGUAAUGCCUUUUACGCGGCCUCGAAGUGCAGCUGAUAUUAUGACUAGAUCUUUAGUCUCAAAUCUUGAGGCGCUACCAUUUGGAAUGAAUGCAGCUAAACUUUCCGAUACAAUUGAAAAGUCGGCAAUGUCAAGGUCAAGCUUUGCUAGUUUCCAUUUGACGGGUAUUAAAUCAAUGAACAGGAACGUUAUGGCUAAUAGUGUGGAUCGAUUGUUUUCGAAUGAUUUUUCGUCGGGCAAUGGGAAUGCAAAUCAUGGUGGUGGUGAAUUUGAGAGUCUUCCAUCGAUUCAGGAGAUUAGGGAUAUUAAUAGUUCACAGGAGACACAGAGUUCGGAGAAGGGUGGUGGUCAGCAUGAUAGGAGCAGUGGAAGGGAGAGUCCGAAUACGGCAACGUCGACGGCGAAGAGUUCGAGGAGAGAUUCGUUGAGUGAAUCACAGACGAUUCCGGCACAUAUGAAGAUUGUUAAGCAGACGGCAGCUGCAGCAAGAGCUGUUUCGCCGCCACAAAGUGCACCAGUUCCAACAGUUCCAGAUGAAUCGUAUAAUUCACCAAAAGCAAGCCUUAAUUUCUCGACCCGGAUGAAAGGUGAACUCUUUGAAAAGUUCCACAAUCAAAAAAUGAAAAAAGAAGAAGAAAUAACAUCUUCCAUUAUGGCCGAUAGUCAUGAUGCAACAGCAGAUCCUAUGAAUACAUCCUUUUUAAACAAGGACAGCGGACGACCACAUUUUGUCGCCGUUACUUCAUUGGAAGACGUACAAGCAGUACGCUGUGCGGAAUUCCAUCCAAGUGGAAGAAUCUAUGCGGUCGGUUCGAAUUCAAAGACUUUCCGCAUUUGCGAAUAUCCAUCGUUAUUAGAAGUGCAAGAACAACACACAACAUACCAACCAACGGUAUUAUUCAAAAGAACAAAGCAUCAUAAAGGAUCGAUUUAUUGCAUGGGAUGGGCUCCCGAUGGGGAGCUCGUGGCCACUGGGUCAAAUGACAAAACGAUCAAACUAAUGCGUUACAAUGAGGUGAGUAAGCAGCUAGAGGGCGGAGAGAUAGAACUGACAGUUCAUGACGGUACCGUGAGGGAUUUGUGCUUCCUAGAAGACUCGACCAAUAAAGCAAGUCUUCUUAUCUCUGGCGGCGCUGGGGACUGUAAGAUCUAUGUCACCGACUGUGCGACUGCCACCCCAUUCCAGGCCCUAAGUGGUCACGGUGGACACAUACUGUCGCUCUUUAACUGGGGAUGCGCCGUCUUUGCCUCUGGUUCGCAUGAUAAAACUGUUCGAUUUUGGGAUUUACGCACACGCGGUUGUGUCAAUACCAUAACACCAGCUACAAAUCCCAGCUCGCGGCAGGGAUCUCCAGUGGCGGCAGUGUGUGUCGACCCAUCGGGUAGACUACUUGUCUCCGGGCAUGAGGAUAGCUCAUGUGUGCUGUAUGACAUUCGUGGUAAUAGACCGAUUCAGUGCUUUAAGCCGCACGCGGCAGAUGUCAGAUCGAUUCGCUUCUCACCAUCAGCAUAUUAUUUACUCACAUCUGGGUAUGACAACAAACUUGUGCUGACCGAUCUACAAGCUGAUCUAACACUCCCACUGCCAUCGGUGGUGGUGGCGCAGCAUGCCGACAAAGUAAUCUCUGGACGCUGGCAUCCCACAGACUUUUCAUUUUUGUCAACGUCGGCUGACAAAACAGCCACGUUGUGGGCGUUGCCGCCGUUGUAAUCGAAUAUACCUUUUAAAGCUAUUUCUACUUUAUUUUUUUUUUUAAUAAUUUUAUUUUUAUUGCUUAGAUAUAUAUAUAAAAAGUUUAUGUAUUCAUACGAACUCAGUGCAAUACAAUUUUUUUUUUUUUUUCUAAUCUCUAAUAAAUCAUGCAUAAUUCAUUGAUGUGUAUUUAAAAGCCGCAGUCGAAUAACAAAAAAAAACAAAACUUGCUCGUAUUUAAAUUCAUUUAUUAUACUUUCUGCAAUGUUUUUAAUUGAUUCUUAUUUUAAUUAUUUACUAAUUAUUACAUAUUUAUUUAACUCUUAAGAUAUUUGCCGCAAAACAUGACCUUAUAUUAACCAAUUUCUAAUAAACAACAACGAUUCACUAUAACGUGGGUUUGUUUUCAAAUUAUUUUUUUUUAUUUAAAAAUAAUAAAUUAUUUUAUAAUCGAUUUAAUAUGUAUACAUAAUUAAUUGGUUAAUAUUGAUUUUUUUUAGAAACAAUUGAGAUUAUUUUGUUUUAUAUAAUUUUUUUGC